AUCAGUGAUGUGCAUGGACGCCAAGAUCAACUUUGACUCCAACGCUGCGUACCGCCAGAAGAAGGUGUUCGACCUGCAGGACUGGACCCAGGAGGACCCCCGCGACCGGCAGGCCGCCAAGGCCGACCUCAACUACAUCGGCCUGGACGGAACCAUCGGCUGCCUGGUAAACGGAGCAGGUCUGGCCAUGGCCACCAUGGACAUAAUCAAGCUCCAUGGCGGCACGCCAGCCAACUUCCUGGAUGUGGGAGGAGGAGCCACAGCUCAUCAGGUGACCGAGGCGUUCAAGCUCAUCACGUCUGACAGGAAGGUUCAGGCCAUCCUGGUCAACAUCUUCGGAGGCAUCAUGAGGUGUGAUGUCAUCGCUCAGGGCAUCAUCAUGGCUGUGAGAGACCUGGACCUGAAGAUCCCCAUCGUCGUCCGGUUACAAGGAACGAGAGUGGACGAUGCUAAAGCUCUGAUCGCUGCCAGUCCACUGAAAAUCCUCGCCUGUGACGACCUGGACGAAGCUGCCAAAAUGGUUGUAAAGCUUUCUGAAAUCGUGUCGCUGGCUAAAGAAGCUCAGGUGGACAUCACCUUCCAGCUGCCCAUCUAAGAAAACCUGGACCCCCCCCCCCCCCCCCACUCCGCCCCCCCGACGACCCCAGGGAACGUUUAUUUUUCUCUUCCUGACUUUGUGGCACGAUGGCAUCACUCCGCUCAGACACGUUUUACGGUUUCUUCCCCACAUCUCGUUUAACUUAUGUUGCACUCGAGUCGAUACGCACAAACCCCCCCUCCCCAUCUCUGCUUCACGCACCCCCCACUCGUCGACCUGUUCGAUCAGCUGUUCGAUGUUUGAUUUCAGACUCAGUGUUGCUGCUGUUACAUAUGAAAAUAAAGGUUGGACGUUAAAUCCGUUAGUUUCCUCGUGUGCUCGAGUGACUUCUCUGUGUCGUGUUUGAGAAUGUGAGAGAAUAAAGAAAGCACUCGUUUUACUCCUCGCUUUAUCACAACACUUUCAUGACGUGCCACCAUUUUGAGUCAGUGUCAGCUGUCAACAUGGAGGAGGUGGAUGUAUGACCUAUACUGCAGCCAGCCACCAGGGGGCAACCCAGAGGUUUUAGCACCGAUUCAUUCAGCAAACUUUCAAAUAUGAGAAUCUCCAACAGUCGCAGAAUAAUUUGAUCUCGAUCGACCGAUUGUUGCAGUUGUUUAUUUGCCUCCUUGUGGUUGUUGUGUGUGUUGCGCCCCCUGGUGACUGUAUUAUGAUAUUAGUCAGUGUGACGCGUAGUUUGCAGUUUAGAGUUUCUGUCGCUAAAAAACCCACUGGAUUCAGAGUCGACUCUGACGGCAUCAAACCUUGCUCUUGCUGUUCGAGGAGCGUGUCACCGUGUCGGAGGUUCAGGCCUGAACAAACGCUGGUCACCCUCUGAACGCACCACGUACGUUUGAUUCCUGCAGACUCGGCUCCUCCUCUCCUCGGCUGUGUCCGUGCUGUGGAGUCGUUAACUUGCUGGCUGUGAUUUAACUGCACUUCUCCGAAGAUCCACUGCAGCAUGUGGCCGUGCACGAGAGCGCCACUUCCGUCCUGACGUGGGGACAGCGACACGUCCCGCGAAGGGAAGCGUGUGUUAUCACGUUAGCUAACAGGACGUGUGAGGUUCCAGCUGAUUCUCAGGACUCAGAUGAGGAAGUCGUUACUGUCGCAGCUCCAGGUUUAAAUGAGUCUGGAUCUUAAGUCGUGUCUGAAUAUUUAUUUUCUUCUGCCUCAUUCUCACUUUGCCAUCGUGCCACAGUCUGCUCCACAUUUCAUCUCAGCGGUUCAUUCUCCUUUGUGUAACGUCAGAGUCCGGGCGGCGUCCUCAACAGUAAAAUGCCCCCCCCCCCCCCCCCAGCGCUCCAAACACAAGCCGACAUUGUGAGUUGUAUGUGAUUUAUUAAAUCUUGUAAAUAACCAACCUGAUGUUCUCACUGUAAAAUAUUUAUGAUCCUGAAAGAUGACGACAAAGGACGAAAAAAAUAAAUGCAGAGAACACCUGA